AGCCUGGGACUGGGUGUGCGCUGGGAGCGCGCGUGGGAGCGUCCCGCACUCCGCGGGUCCGGCCCUGGGGCACUUGGGAAGGAAGGGGCUCUAGCUGCGGUAAUAAGAGGAAGCAAGGGAAACCCUCUCAAAGUGACGUCCCAAACAGGUCCUGAUUUCGAAUUCGAAGCUAAAGACUGCUAGAAAUUGGGCCUCCUUCGCACACCCCUCUCCGCCCCCACCCCAAAGCCCCGGCGGUUUGCUGGCUGCUUGCUUCCCCGCCCCUAGCUCGGAGGUCGCGGGCCGGCGGGCGCUCCGUCGGCCGCGGCUUCCUCCUCGAAACCCGCCCGCGCGCAUGAGGCCACUGCCCCCGCCACAGGCGCUGGCGCCCCCCUCGCGGUGCCCGUGGUGAUGCCAUGCCCCGCCACCACGCGGGAGGAGAGGAGGGCGGCGCCGCCGGGCUCUGGGUGAAGAGCGGCGCGGCGGCGGCGGCGGCGGCGGCGGCGGGCGGGGGGCGCCUGGGCAGCGGCAUGAAGGAUGUGGAGUCGGGCCGGGGCAGGGUGCUGCUGAACUCAGCCGCCGCCAGGGGCGACGGCCUGCUGCUGCUGGGCACCCGCGCGGCCGCGCUCGGCGGCGGCGGCGGCGGCAGCGGCGGCGGCCUGAGGGAGAGCCGCCGGGGCAAGCAGGGGGCCCGGAUGAGCCUACUGGGGAAGCCGCUCUCGUACACCAGUAGCCAGAGCUGCCGGCGCAACGUGAAGUACCGGCGGGUGCAGAACUAUCUGUACAACGUGCUGGAGAGACCCCGCGGCUGGGCGUUCAUCUACCACGCGUUCGUUUUUCUCCUUGUCUUUGGUUGCUUGAUUUUGUCAGUGUUUUCCACCAUCCCUGAGCACACAAAAUUGGCCUCAAGUUGCCUCUUGAUUCUGGAGUUCGUGAUGAUUGUCGUCUUUGGUUUGGAGUUCAUCAUUCGAAUCUGGUCUGCAGGUUGCUGUUGUCGGUAUAGAGGAUGGCAAGGAAGACUGAGAUUUGCCCGAAAGCCCUUCUGUGUUAUAGAUACCAUUGUUCUUAUCGCUUCGAUAGCAGUGGUUUCUGCAAAAACUCAGGGUAAUAUUUUCGCCACGUCCGCACUCAGAAGUCUCCGUUUCCUACAGAUCCUCCGUAUGGUGCGCAUGGACCGAAGGGGAGGCACUUGGAAAUUGCUAGGUUCGGUGGUUUAUGCUCACAGCAAGGAAUUAAUCACGGCUUGGUACAUAGGAUUUUUGGUUCUUAUUUUUUCAUCUUUCCUUGUCUAUCUUGUGGAAAAGGAUGCCAAUAAAGAGUUUUCUACAUAUGCAGAUGCUCUCUGGUGGGGCACAAUUACAUUGACAACGAUUGGCUAUGGAGACAAAACUCCCCUAACUUGGCUGGGAAGAUUGCUUUCUGCAGGCUUUGCACUCCUUGGCAUUUCUUUCUUUGCACUUCCUGCCGGCAUUCUUGGCUCGGGUUUUGCAUUAAAAGUACAAGAACAGCACCGCCAGAAACACUUUGAGAAAAGAAGGAACCCAGCUGCCAACCUCAUUCAGUGCGUUUGGCGUAGUUAUGCAGCUGAUGAGAAAUCUGUUUCCAUUGCAACCUGGAAGCCACACUUGAAGGCCUUGCACACCUGCAGCCCCACCAAUCAGAAGCUAAGUUUUAAGGAGCGAGUACGCAUGGCUAGCCCAAGGGGCCAGAGUAUUAAGAGCAGACAAGCCUCAGUAGGUGACAGGAGGUCCCCGAGCACCGACAUCACAGCCGAGGGCAGCCCCACCAAAGUGCAGAAAAGCUGGAGCUUCAACGACCGAACCCGCUUCCGGCCCUCGCUGCGCCUCAAAAGUUCUCAGCCUAAACCAGUGAUAGACGCUGACACAGCGCUUGGCACUGAUGAUGUAUAUGAUGAAAAGGGCUGCCAGUGUGACGUAUCAGUAGAAGACCUCACCCCACCGCUUAAAACUGUCAUUCGAGCUAUCAGGAUUAUGAAAUUUCAUGUUGCAAAACGGAAGUUUAAGGAAACAUUACGCCCAUAUGAUGUAAAAGAUGUCAUUGAACAAUAUUCUGCUGGUCAUCUAGACAUGUUGUGUAGAAUUAAAAGUCUCCAAACACGUGUUGACCAAAUUCUUGGAAAAGGGCAAAUCACAUCGGAUAAAAAGAGCCGAGAGAAAAUAACAGCAGAACAUGAGACCACUGAUGAUCUCAGUAUGCUCGGCCGUGUGGUCAAGGUUGAAAAACAGGUGCAGUCCAUCGAGUCCAAGCUAGACUGCCUACUAGACAUAUAUCAACAGGUCCUCCGGAAAGGCUCUGCCUCUGCCCUCACUUUGGCCUCAUUCCAGAUCCCACCUUUUGAAUGUGAACAGACAUCUGACUAUCAGAGCCCUGUGGAUAGCAAAGACCUGUCCAGUUCCGCACAGAACAGUGGCUGCUUAUCCAGAUCAGCUAGUGCCAACAUCUCUCGAGGCCUGCAGUUCAUUCUGACGCCAAAUGAGUUCAGCGCUCAGACUUUCUAUGCGCUUAGCCCUACUAUGCACAGUCAAGCAACACAGGUGCCAAUGAGUCAAAGUGAUGGCUCUGCAGUGGCAGCCGCCAACAACAUUGCAAACCAAAUAAAUGUGGCACCCAAGCCAGCAGCCCCAACAACUUUACAGAUCCCGCCUCCUCUCCCAGCCAUCAAGCAUCUACCCAGGCCAGAAACCCUGCACCCAAACCCCGCAGGCUUACAGGAAAGCAUUUCUGAUGUCACCACCUGCCUUGUUGCCUCCAAGGAAAAUGUUCAGGUUGCACAGUCAAAUCUGACCAAGGACCGUUCUCUAAGGAAAAGCUUUGAUAUGGGAGGAGAAACUCUGUUAUCUGUCCACCCCGUGGUGCCCAAGGACUUGGGCAAAUCCCUGUCAGUGCAAAACCUGAUCAGGUCAACGGAGGAACUGAAUAUACAGCUUUCUGGAAGUGAGUCAAGUGGCUCCAGAGGCAGCCAGGAUUUUUACCCCAAAUGGAGGGAAUCCAAAUUGUUUAUAACUGAUGAAGAGGUGGGUCCUGAAGAGACUGAGACAGACACGUUUGACGCUGUGCCGCAGCCUGCCAGGGAAACUGCUUUUGCGUCAGACUCUCUAAGGACUGGAAGGUCACGAUCAUCUCAGAGCAUUUGUAAGGCAGGAGAAAGUACAGAAGCCCUCAGCUUGCCUCAUGUCAAACUGAAAUAAGUUCUUCAUUUUCCUUCUAGCAUAGCAGUUCCUUUAGCCAGACAUAUCAUUGCAUGAACUAUUUCGAAAGCCCUUCUAAAAAGUUGAAAUUGCAAGAAUCAGGAAGAACACGAAAGAAAGUUUAUAAGCCCGUUAUCUUUUAAUUGCAUGAAAAUGCAUGUUAGGGAUGGCUGAAAUUCCAAGGUACAUCAACAUUAACCCACUCAUUUAGUAAUGUACCUUGAGUUAAAAAUCCUGAGAAACCAAACACUGCUAAUGCUUUGGGGUGUGUGAAAAUGUCAAGAUUAGGUCAUUUAGAAGAUUUGACUCUGUGUUUUGAAAUUAUGGGAGUAAACAACUUCAAAUUUCAGGCGUUUCUGCUUUGUGGUUAAAUACAAAAUACAUUUUCAAAAUUAGGCCAUAAUGUAUAUGUAAACACAAUGGCUACCAUCAACCGCUGCUAACAAGGUAUCAAGGAAAGCAGAACUUGGGAAUAAUAAUAGAAACGGCUGCUUAUUUCAAGAUAUAUUUACCAACCCAUUCCUAUCCAGUCAUUUUAUUAUUAAUGUAAUUUGAAUGUCAAUCUGUGUGCUUUUGGUGAUUUAACGCUGUGGCAAGCAAUUUUGCACAUCAUUUUCAUGUUGUUCUUUAGGACGAGAAUGUUCUUCAGUUAGAAAGUGUGCAAAUAAUGAAAUUCAGGGCCAGUGGGGCAAAUAGACUAUUUGAUACAUGUGAGUUCAUGGGAAGGUAUUCCUCGAUGGCUAAAUCACCUUUAUAAGUGGUCGACUUCUACACAAGCGAAUACAAUACGGAUGAGUAGAAGGACCAGUGCGGCUGGGCUGAUCUCUCUGCAAUGGCGCCAUCCCCGGCUUGCUGUAGUGUCAGAAACCAUUCCCGCCGAAUUGACAGGCAGGAUCCUGGGGAAUUAGACAUUGGAGUGAGACUGAAACGGGAAAGGCUUGAAAAGAAUCCAGACACAACACCAGGAAGUGGGUGAAGUUAAUGAAAAUAGCCUCACCCUCAGAGGGUAAAGAGAGGGAGAAAAACAAACCAAAAUAGAAGAACUUGAUCUUUUUAGAAAAUGAAUAUUACUAGGGAAUCUCAACUACCUAAACAUCCCUUCGUCUUAUAUAUAAACAGAGAAUUUUGCAAGGUAUUUAUUUUUUAAUACGCCCUGAAUGUUUUUUGCUAUUAUGUAAUACAUUUUGCAUACGGAAGGCUAUAACUAAACUUCCUUUACUUUUUAUACUGUAGCAAACAUUUUCUAUUCUCCCCCAAGAAUGUUGCCCCAAAUCUAUAAUUAUUGGUUCCGUUUCUGGUAUAUACAGUUACAGUUAGAAGCCAGGUACUCCUGGCUGGGUCUGCAAAUCAAAACACUUAAUCAUAUAGCCGCAGCAGCAAGGACCCAAGGGAAACAAAGUGAAAGAUGCAUUUACCAGAAAAGCAAGCCACGCUGACUGCUUGUUGGAAACCUCUCUAGCUGUCUCAGAACUUCAGCCAAGGUAAUGGCAUUAAAAAAAGCAAGGAGAAGCCAGAAAGCACUUCAGUUCAGUUAAACUCCAGCCACAGAAGGACUUAUGAAAGGAAGAAUUUUUUUCCUUGGCAGAUAAUGCUCCUCCAAAAAACUUUCAUCAGCCAGGAAGACAAAGCAGGGAUAGCAACUGGCUGUGCAAAGGCAGGAGGAGGCCCUGAAAUCCACCAGUCCUUCCCAACUGUCUCCCCCAACUGGCUUUCUCCACCCCUGACUCUCCUACUCUUCCUCUCCAAUAACUUAUCAAUUCCCUGCCACUCUUUUGCUCCUGAACUUCACCAGGCCUUACCCAGUCUCCAUCCCCAAGUAAGCGACUUCUCUGCUCUUCCUCAAAUAGGCUUCUCAACCUUUUAAAACCCUUGCCCCUUUUGAUAAGCACUGAAAUUUUAAAAGCUUUCUCUUCUCAACCCACCUGGAUUCUAGCAUCCUCCCCUGGAGUGUAUCAUUCAGAAUCUUCUUGGCUGCUGGAGACACACAGAAGUUAGGGUCUCAAUUCUACACUCCAGUUAAAAAAGAUUUUAUCAAGCUUUUAAAGCAAUUAUUUUCAUUUUUGAAGCACAGAAUUUUAGUAAAUUAUUAAAUGAAGUUUUUCACCUACUAUGUCUCUCCUCAACCUGAAGUUGCGACACACUCUCCCAAAGAGGUUGGACACACACGCGCGCACGCACACACACACACAC